AUGUGGGUAUUUCUCGUCAAUCAUCUCCAGUGCGUCAUCAACGUGGCCGUCCAGAAUAAGUCUUCUGAUGUUCUGCCUGUUGAGGGUGUCGUCUCCAAUGCAAACGUCUUGGUUCACAUCAGUCAUGACCGCGUCAUUGGAAUGGCCCUCGAAAAUGUCCCGUUCCAGCUGCAAGUCCUCUGCAAACGCCUUAGCACUAUCGUUGUAUCCCUUGUGAUCGAAAUACGAUUCGAUAAACCCGUUCAACACCGUCGAUAUUUCAUCGUCAGAUAUCGUGUGUUUCCCUGCCAGUGGAGUAGAGAGCACCUUCUUCGUGUAAGGAUUAUCGGGAAUCACAGAAGCAAGAGUGCUAGGGACAACGCUGUAAUCUGGGAGCACAGCCACAGGAACCGUGAACAGGUUGAUAUCGUGAAAUAUCUUAUUUUUGAAGGUUUGAACGUAGCUGUCAAUGUCAAAAACAAAAUUUUCAGUAGUAGAAAACCCAAAGUUAGUUUUCACCGAGUUGAAAUCGCCCAUUCCUAUGAUAGGUAUCAAAUGUCCGUUCUUGAUUCUCGAAAAUGCCUCCCCCAGGUAGAUUCCGUUUUUGGUGUAAAAUAUCGUAUGCGUCAUGAAGUUGACACCACAGCCAAUGAUGUCCCCGUUGCCGAACUUGGCGCCAAACUUGCUGUGGACACCGUUCUGAUUGCUGAUAAUCUUUCCAUCCUUCCCGUUAUAGCCAAACGUUCCUGCUUCGUGUCCCGGAAGGUUGGUAAUCACCUCGUCACCCGUGUUCAUCAUGAACCCAAUUGA